AUGAUGCUCAUCGCCUUCCUCCUGCUCAUUCCCGGCGUCGAAACGAAAGAGAGUCCGGUGAAGUGCGAGUACUCCGACGAGAAGAAGGUCAACGAGUGCUUGCAGGUGAGAUUUUGGGUGCAAACUCUUCCAGUCCAACCCAAUUUCAGCCCAUGCUCGACUACGCAACCAAAUUGCAAGCGGAGACCGGGGCCAUGCAAUUCCCUCUUCAGGGCGGCCACGUCUUCAACCAGUUAUGCUCAAUAUACACUGAUUUCAAAGUAGGCUUCACUUCACAGACAUUGUCAAAGUAUUGUAUUUUUCAGGAGUGUGUCUCUUCGGUGCGUUGUGAUUCUCUUUCGAUAGACGCCGUUCAUGCCUCCUACAGUUAUAUGUGUGGCUCUGGACAGCCAUUAUUCCAGAAGCACGCCGGAUGUUUCGCAGAGGUUAUUCUCCUUUUCACUCCAGACAUUCUUAUUUUCAUUCUUUAUUUAAGGUUGAAUCGAAAAAAGAGUACAUCAGCUGUAAGAUCGCGGCGACGCAGGCGAUCUCAGAAGCACAGGGAGCGAAAGUGAGAUAUAAUGGAAUGGGAAGAGCGAGAGCAAAUCAGAUUUCAGGGUUCGUCAACGGAAGCCUAUCUGACGGAGAUGUGCAGAGCGAUGGAUGGAUACUUGAGGUGUUCGCAUCCGAUCAUUCUGCAGAAUUGCGGAUCCGACGCGUGGACUCUCGUCUCGACGGUAUUAAUUGUGAAACUGAACUGAGCAAAAUGCCACGAAUUCAGGUGACUCGGGACAGCCUCGGAGUGACGAUGCCUAACUGUGACAUGCAUUCGGCACUCUUCUGA